GCUGCAGCAAUCCAAGAAGCUGAGAGAAAUAAGACGACUUGGAGGAGAUCGAGAGCAAGUGAGAGCAAGCUAAGCUCGCAAGAAAGCUAGACUGCUAGAGCAGCGGCCAUGGCUUUAGCACCCACGUCCGUCAGGAGCUUCAUCGCUGGAAGGCCACUGUGCACGGGCGGCAGCAGCACGGCACCGGUGCUCCCGCCGAGGCCGGCGAGGCGGCCGUCGGCGAGGCUCUCGUGCAGGGCCGCCGACGAGAAGUCGACACGGCCGGGUGAUCUUGAGGUGAAGCUGGGCAAGCUGGCGAUGGUCGCGGUUGCCGCCGGCGUGCUCGCGCUGUCGCCCGUCGUCGACGAUGCCAUGGCGGCGAAGUCCGGCGGGAGGAUUGGCGGGCAGGCGUUCCGGUCUGCGCCGCGGUCCGCUCCACGGCCGUCCGGUCCACGGAUAAACAACUCAAGGACGAACAUCUACAUCAAUCCGCCGGUGGCGCCGCCACUGGUCGGCGGGUACGGCUACGGCUACGGCUACGGUGGCUGGGGCUGGUCGCCGUUCUCCUUCUUCGCCCCCGGCCCGACCGUCGCCGUCGGUGUCGGCGGCGGCUUCGACACGCUCGUGCUGUUCAUCGUGUUCGGAGCGAUCGUCGGCGCCGUCAGGCGGUUUCUCAACAGGGACAGCGACGAUUUCGACGACUACUGAAGCAUAAUGAAUUGAUUACUGUCUUACUGAUACUACUAGGAACGGGAUAUCAUCAGACCAAACCAUGUGUAAUUAUAGCGAGGCUAUUCUUUUUCUUUGUCAAAAGUAAGGGAACAGAUGGGCUAGAGGCGAAAUACAGUACAUUAAUUUGUGCACGAGGAGCAACCUGUCUGUAUAAUUUUGUUCUUGUGAAUGUGAGUAGAUUUUUAUUAGAGUUAUAAUCUAGAUCUGCGAUUGUCUGGAAAAACUGAUGC